AUGUUGGACCUAAAAAAGACACAUUUGAACGAGGAGCAGCUGACCUUGAACGUGCUCCUCUCAGAAGCUGAUGCCUUCCAGGGUGGUGGCACUGCUUUCUGGCCACAGACUAGAUCUGACGCCAAGGACCGACGGGCCAUCAGGGAGGAUUAUGGAGGAUUGGAAUUGGCUACGAAAGACUUUGAAAGAGCUCUAGCCAAAGAGCUGCUGGAUAUCCGGAGUAUGAUGGGUUUGUGGCUUGGUACUGCACUUUGGCAGUUCUCGCCACAGGAGCGGAACAGGCUGGCAUAUUUGGAGACUGAGAGUUCCUCCUUGACCUCUUUGAUGUCGCUCCUGAGGCUUCCAGAGAUGGUCGAACCCGUGCGGUCUCCCAGUGCGGUCUCUGUUGGACGUCAAGUGGCCUUGUUCCAGGGAGAGCUGGCGGAUGCCAGCAUCGAGUCCUUCAUUCAACUGCCCGAGUCCUUCCUUGACAUCCUCAAGGACCAAAGCAAGUCCUUCGGUUGGACUCCCUUGCCUCGCCGAGGACAUCCGGAAGAGGCUCGUGGGCUUGAUGAGAGUCCACGAGAGUUUGGUGAAGAUGCUAUGGAGUGCCGUGCAGUGCCUGCCAGCAGCAACCCGAAGAGCCGGCGCUGUGCUUGCUUUGUCGGGGUGCCAGGUCACCAGCUCUCGCGUGGGGCUGUCGUUUGCGUGGGCAAUGAGGGGCAGUGUACUCUGCAUGCUCGUGCAUGCACGGCUGGGCAGUCCCUCUUCCUGCUGCCGUUCUUAGCGCAAAUCUUGGCGGUGAGCGCGCCUGAUUGGUCACGAAGAGGUCGGGCGGCGCAGGACAUGGCGGUGAGCGUUGCCGUGCAGUUGAUGAGCGGCAAGGAGUGCGUCGUGGACAUCACACCGCACAUGACCGUCGGAGAGGUGAAAGAGCUCGUGAAGGACAAAGACAACUACAGAGGUGAGCACAACCACAAGAAGCCCAGACGACAAUGUACCGUCGGCACUGAAGAGGGUUGGGUUCAAGCAAAGGCUGCAGCGCCUGGUGUAGAUGAUUGGGCCAAGAACCCUAUCAUCAAGCCACCCAGCUUCCUCAAUUGGAUCGUCGGAGAUCCCACCGUGCAACAAAUCGGUGACGAGAUUCAUAUGUGGACCAAUGGAGCGCUUGCAAACAUUCAACACUACGUGGCGGAUGCCAAAGAUCCUACAAAUUUCAAGCAGCUGGAUGAUUCGAUCAGCGGCUUUGGGACUGUACGACCCUAUGCCUACCUCGAUGAAGCCAAGCAGACUGUAACUUUGUUUUACGAGAAGUACGAGUUCCCAUAUAUUUUUGCGAGCAAGAUCAUGUGUGCUGAAGCAGAGAUCGGAAAGUGGGAGUUCAAGAAUUACACCCCAAUCCUGGAAGCUGAGCUUGAGUGGGAGAAGUAUGGGCAAGCAAGAGUUGGCAAUCCUUUCGUCUUCUACAACGCCGUGAAAGGAAAGUACUGGCUCUACUACUCUGCAAGUGAGAUCCACCUGGAGGACGCCAAUGUGGACGAACCUUUAAAUCUGGGCCUUGCAGAGUCGGACAACCUCACCGGCCCCUACAAGCGCCUCGUGACGGAGCCGCUGGUCAUCCCCAACGAGUUCCCAGGACUCUUCAUCAAGGGUCAUGGAUCUUUGAAGAUGGUCAAGGUGCCCAGUGCAGACAUCGACCAACAUGGUGUAGGUGUUGCCGUUUGCAACAGGCUUACAUACAAUCCAGCGACCAAUCAGACUGGCAGCACUUUGUCUUUGUUGCGCACCACGGACGGUGGCUUCUCGUGGAAGCCGGUGAUCUCCAAGUUCAUUUGUCCUACCUUGGAAGAGAACAGUUGGAAAGAGGCCUUCUGCUAUGGCUUUGAUACGAUCCAAAAUCCAAAUGAUCCCGAGUCGAUCUUGAUCUACUACAACGCACGCAAUGGUUGGAAGGAUGCGAUGGAGCAAGUGGGUGUCUCUCGGUUUCCCUUGGAGAUGGUGGUCGAUGCGAGGAAGGGCAACUCCUGCUGA